CACCUACAUUGUCUUUCUCCCCAGCGUGGCCAAAAUGAAAUGUCCAUUGCAACCCCUCCUCUUUUCUCUCAUUCUAAUAUGUCUGUGUGGGCCCGAGGGUCUGGUGGCCCAGCCUGAAGAAGGCAGAACAGAUUCUACAGCCUUGGAUCCCCAGUGGGAACAGUUGACUAAGGAAAACAUGAGCAUGUCCCUUCUCCCAGUGGACUUCCAUGAGGAAAACACAGUCACCAAUGAUUGGAUUCCAGAGGGUGAGGAAGAAGAGGAUUAUCUGGAUCUGGAGAAGUUAUUCGGUGAGGACGAUGACUACAUCGACAUCAUUGAUGCCGAAGUGCCAAUAGACUCAGAGGCCAGUGCUGGAAAUAUCCUGCAGCUCUUCCAUGGCAAGAGCAGGAUCCAGAGGCUCAACAUCCUCAACGCAAAGUUUGCUUUCAGCCUCUACCGGGCCCUCAAGGAGCAAACCGACACUCUUGACAACAUCUUCAUAGCCCCUGUGGGCAUUUCUACUGCCAUGGGGAUGCUCUCCUUGGGUCUGCAGGGGGAGACGCAUGAACAAGUACACUCGGUUCUGCACUUUAAAGACUUCGUCAAUGCAAGCAGCAAGUAUGAGAUAACGACCAUUCACAAUCUCUUCCGGAAGUUGACUCAUCGACUCUUCCGGAGGAAUUUUGGGUACACGCUAAGGUCAGUCAAUGACCUUUAUGUCCAGAAGCAAUUUCCGAUUCUGGAGGACUUCAAAACUAAAGUAAAAGAGUAUUACUUUGCUGAGGCUCACGAGGCUGACUUCUCAGACCCUACCUUCAUAUCCAAAGCCAACAACCACAUUCUGAAACUCACCAAAGGCCUCAUAAAAGAUGCUUUGGAAAAUAUAGACCCCACUACUCAGAUGAUGAUUUUAAACUGCAUCUACUUUAAAGGGUCUUGGGUGAAUAAAUUCCCAGUAGAAAUGACACAUAAGCACAAUUUCCGGCUGAACGAAAAAGAAGUGGUCAAGGUUCCCAUGAUGCAAACCAAGGGGAACUUCUUAGCAGCAAAUGACCAAGAGCUGGACUGUGAUAUCCUGCAGCUGGAGUAUGUGGGGGGCAUCAGCAUGCUCAUUGUGGUCCCACACAAACUUUCUGGAAUGAAAACCCUUGAGACACAGCUGACACCCCAGGUGGUGGAGAGAUGGCAGAAAAGCAUGACAAACAGGACUCGAGAGGUCCUCCUGCCUAAAUUCAAACUGGAGAAGAACUAUAACAUGGUGAAGGCCCUGAAGUCAAUGGGAAUCAUGUCCCUGUUUGACGGAAGCAGCGACAUGGCGGGGAUUUCAGAUCAGAGGCUCGUCAUUGACCUGUUCAAGCAUCAAGGUACCAUCACUGUGAAUGAAGAGGGCACAGAAGCUGCUGCAGUGACCACAGUGGGGUUCAUGCCAUUGUCCACCCAAGUCCGGUUCACUGCUGACCGCCCAUUCCUGUUCCUCAUCUAUGAGCACCGCACCAGCUGCCUACUCUUCAUGGGGAGAGUUGUCAACCCCAACGAAUCUUAAAAGUGGAAUGCUGGGCAUCUCAAAUAUGUGGGGGCACUCUGUAAUUCUGUUUCCACUCUAACAAUGAGAACACAGAUGUUUAGGCAUCACAACUCGUACGUAGUUUAUGCUACUAUCCUGAAAUCAAGGCCCACAGGCGAAAGUUAUACACACCUGAGAGUGGGCUGGAAUUAAUUCUGCACAGUGAACAUUGCUGCCAGUUCAUAGAAGUGAAUAUACCUGGAGAGUGUCAGCUGAGAGUGACUUACUUCCUGCCUCCUCAAAAUUAAUCUCCAAGGGAUCUAUCUCCCUGGGCAUGCCUCUCUGUUUCCUGCAGUCUCCACUUGCACAUUUGGCUCCAUUACACAAAGUCUUUCUCAUAAUGAGUACAGAAUUCAGAACACAUAAAGGGGCUGCCAGAUGACUCUCCUCUUCCCAGAUGGAAAUGCCCACAUCUUUCCUGAUGCUCCUGAGGAAAGCAGCAGUGCCAUCAGGGUUUAGUGCUGUCAUCUUACAAACUGACGUGAGUACAGAUCACAAUCUGUACUCCUACUGGCAUCUCAUUGCCACCUAGAAGAGUAUACAUAGAUGGCCAUGCCUUCCACCCCAAGGAUAAAAGUGUCUCGCUACUUUUA